UCACAUAACGAAUAAUCAAUAACAACAAAUUAUUCUGCCUCCAUACUGAUAUUCAAUUUGGUAUCAGAGCAGGAAUACGAACCACGGCCAAAUACUUUGCACUCUGAACAACAUUCUUAAGCGAUGUCAAACGAUGCACGAAACACAAACUCCGGCGAACCUUUGAGAAGGAAAAUCAAUGAUCCUUCGUCGCCCUAUUAUUUGUCAUGUUCUGAUUUCCCAUGAAUCAACAUUUGUGGAAUAAAUCUCAAGGGCGAAAGCAAUUUUCGUGAGUGGACAAAGGCGAUGAAGAAUGUUUUUCGGGCGAAAUGGAAAUUUGGCUUCAUAGACGGAACGAUUAAGCGACCGGAGACAAGCGUGGAGGAUCUCGAAGACUGGCAUACGGUAAACUCCAUGCUGGUCGGAUGGUUGAUGACGGCGAUAGAUCCGGUUUUGCGCACCAACAUCACAUACACAGAAGGGGCGCAAGAACUCUGGGAAGACUUGAAGAGCCGGUUCGAGGUCGGAGAUCCGAUGCGGGUCUAUGAACUCAAGGAGUCCAUACGCUCUUGCCGACAAAACGGGCAGACAAUUACCAUGUACUACGGACGUCUCAAAGCAUUGUGGGACGAUUACGAGGGAUACCGAAACGUACCUUUGUGUACCUGUCAUGGCUGUACUUGUGAUUCGAACAAGCAGCUUGCGAAAGCAAUAGAACAAGAAAAAACAUACGACUUCUUGAUGGGACUGGAACGUGACACAUAUGGAGCCUUACGGUCAAAUUUACUCAGUCAAGAUGUUUUGCCCGGUCUCACACGAGUUUAUGAGAUUAUGACCCAGGAAGAACGUCAUUUAAACAUGACGCGAAACGGAGGAGAAAAUGUGGACACGGUUGCUUUUGCGGCAAGGACAUGCCCCAUAUAUGUUGUCAGGGCAAGUAGAGAAGAUACUUUGUACCUACUGCAAGAAGCCAGGACAUGCGGUGGAAAAUUGUUUCAAACGUACUGGCCAAUACCCGGAAUGGUGGUAUGAUAACCCCGGUAGAGGACGAGGUUGACGUGGACGUGGACGUGGAAGCACCGGAAGGGGACGUGGGAGAGCCACUGCACAUGCCGUGCAGAUUCAGGGAGAAAGUGAAGAGAACACUACAGUUUCACAAGCAUCGGGAGAUGUUAAUCGUGCGCCGCACUUCGCUGACGAACAGUGGAGAACCUUUCUCCAGUUGAUGGAGCAAAGUAAGGUGACAUCUUCUCAUGAAAAACUAUCAGGUAUGCAUGUCAAUACAUGGAUGUUAGAUUCAGGGGCCUCACUACAUAUGACCGGUCAAAGUGAUUUAUUGAUGAACCCCAAGGAAAUAAACCCAAUGUCCGUUCAUCUACCGAAUGGUGACGUUACUUUUGCCACAAGCCAAGGGAUGGUGCGAUUAUGUGAUAAAUUUACUUUGAAAAAUGUGCUUUUGGUUCCCGGAUUGACUUGCAAUUUGAUCUCGUUGGCACAAUUAAUUGAUGACCAUAAUUGCGGUAUAUUUUUUACUAAUGAUUUAUGUGUGAUACAUGACCUACCUUCGAGGACGCCGAUUGGAGCGGGUGAAAGACGGGGAGGAGUAUACUAUUUUCGUAGUUUGGAUUCUGUUCGUGCUUGCUCAAUCACGGAGAAGACCAAAGGCGAUUUAUGGCACUCCCGGUUAGGACACCCAUCAGUCAAAGUUUUGCGUUCUAUUAUUUCCUUCAAUAAUUCUAUGUUGGAUACUGGUUUGAAUAAGAGUUGUGACGCAUGUUUGCGUGGAAAAAAGACGCGAGACAUUUUUCAUAUUAGUGAAUUCAGAGCUUUUGAAAUAUUUGAUUUGAUUCAUUGUGAUGUAUGGGGACCAUAUCGUCAUCCAACGUCAUGUGGUGAUAGAUAUUUUCUGACCAUAGUUGAUGAUUACUCACGUGCUGUUUGGGUUUUUUUGAUGAAAGAAAAGAGUGAAGUAUCUCGAAUUUUCAAACAAUUUAUUGCAUUAAUAGAACGCCAAUUUGACAAAAGGGUGAAAAUUGUUAG